CCACCGUUAGAUUCUCCACAAAGUGGGAAAUGGUAAAACCCUAUGUUCAUCUCUAUCUUCAAAACCCCCGAAUCAUCAAAUCCAAAAACAAAUUAGGUCUAUCUUGUUUUGAUUCUUUCAUUUUCUUCACCAAACCGGUAAGUAGGUGGGACUAAUCCAUCGCACAAACCUCACGGAUCCAAUGACCUCUAAGCUACUUGCUUCCAAUCUCCGCCACCACCUCACAAAAUCCUCCCAAAUCCUCCGCCUAUCCACGGCGGCGGCGGCCGCCCUUCCCGAACACGAUGGGAACACCUCCUCGGGAAGGACGAUGAAGGGCGUGAGAAUCUCCGGAAGACCCCUCUACCUGGACGUGCAGGCGACAUCUCCGGUGGACCCUCGCGUUCUGGACGCGAUGCUCCCUUUCUACCUCUCUCGCUACGGAAACCCUCACUCCCGCACCCACUUCUAUGGCUGGGAAUCCGACGAGGCCGUGGAACACGCGCGCGCGCAGGUCGCCUCCCUCAUCGGCGCUUCUCCCAAGGAGAUAAUCUUCACCUCCGGCGCCACCGAGUCCAAUAACAUCUCCGUCAAGGGCGUGAUGCAUUUCUAUAAGGACAAGAAGCGGCACGUGAUAACCACGCAGACGGAGCACAAGUGCGUGCUGGAUUCGUGCAGGCACCUGCAGCAAGAGGGUUUCGAUGUCACCUAUCUUCCCGUGGAGUCCGACGGGUUAAUCGAUUUGGAGAAGCUCCGGGCUGCGAUUAGGCCCGACACGGGGCUUGUGUCGGUUAUGGCGGUGAACAACGAAAUUGGAGUGGUUCAGCCGGUGGAGGAGAUUGGGAGGAUUUGCAAGGACUUUAAUGUGGCUUUUCACACCGACGCGGCUCAGGCGUUGGGGAAGAUUCCGAUUGACGUGGAGAAGUGGAAUGUGAGUUUGAUGUCGUUGAGUGGGCAUAAGGUUUAUGGGCCUAAGGGGGUUGGGGCUUUGUAUCUUCGUCGGAGGCCCAGGAUUCGUGUGGAGCCUCAGAUGAAUGGGGGUGGGCAAGAGAGGGGGAUUCGGAGUGGGACUGUUCCCACUCCUUUGGUGGUGGGGAUGGGUGCGGCGUGUGAGGUGGCAAUGAAGGAGAUGGAGUAUGAUGAGAAGAGGAUUUCUUCUCUGCAGCAGAGACUGCUUAAUGGGAUUAGAGGGAAGCUUGAUGGGGUGGUGGUGAAUGGGAGCAUGGAGAGGCGCUAUGUGGGGAACUUGAAUUUGUCGUUUGCUUAUGUUGAAGGGGAGAGUCUGCUGAUGGGCUUGAAGGAGGUGGCUGUGUCCAGUGGGAGUGCUUGUACUAGUGCUAGUUUGGAGCCUUCUUAUGUGUUGAGGGCGUUGGGAGUGGAGGAGGACAUGGCGCACACUUCUAUUAGGUUUGGGAUUGGGAGGUUCACCACGGAGGCUGAGAUUGACAGGGCAGUGGAGCUCACUGUUCAGCAGGUGGAGAAGUUGAGGGAUAUGAGUCCGCUUUAUGAAAUGGUCAAGGAAGGCAUCAAUAUCAAGGAUAUUCAAUGGGCACAACACUGAUUAUGUUUGUCAAUGCAGGUGAUGGAUGGAUGGGGGCAGCACUGCCCAAUUGCGAUCAGACUCCAAACAUAGCUGCCACUUUUGCAUUGCAAUUGCCCUUUAUAAAAACUUGCUGACUAUUUAGUUAUAUGUAUUCUUGAGGUUACAUUAUAAUUAAAAAUUCAGUUGCCCUGGUAGACUAGAGCUAUUAGGUAUACACCAUUUGUUUGUUUUAAUUGUUGUUAGUUUUGCCUGUCACCGGUGUUUAUGAAGAGACAAGACAUGUAUUGGUACUGUAAGGACUAAGGACUAACCAAUAUUGGCUUUAUUAUGAUUUCAGAUGAACACCUCCCACAUUUCCUAGUUUUCCCCUUCCUCAGCUUAAGGAAUAGAAGUUUCAAGCUUUGCUCUAUCUCUUUUUACUCGGAUCGGGGUGAGGGGGAGCUGGCAAAGGUACUGUGGUUUUGUCUUGUUUUCUUGGUCGUUUGUACUAUGGGUAUUGAACUCGUUCAGUAUUGAGAUAAAGGCCUCUUUCACGAUGUCUGGCUCUGCUUUGGCCAUUGCUGCUCAUUUGUUAGUAAACAUAUUAAAAAGGAAUAAACCCUUUUCUUUGUGACUUA